AUGCCUUCCAUCGCCGACGAGUUCGACUACAAGCUUGACCAUGUCAAGACGACGUCGGUCAGCUCCGGCGACAUUGACAAGACGUUCCGCUCAAGUUGCAUUGACCUCGUCUCGGCCGCACUUGGCGGUAAGGUCCUCGCCUUCUCAGACCAGUGGUUCGCCGAGGCGGCCAACCUGCUGACACCCACUGCCCCCAUCCACCAGCCCGGCAAGAUGGUCUUCACAGGCGCCUGGUUUGACGGCUGGGAGACGCGCCGCCACAACGCCGACUUCGACUGGGUCGUCAUCCGCCUGGGCGUCGCCUCGGGCACCGUCGAGGGCAUCGAGAUCGACACGGCCUUCUUCACCGGCAACUACGCCCCCGCCGUCUCCGUCGAGGGCUGCUUCAGCGCCAACGACGACGAGGUCGUCUCGUGGCAGGGCGGCCGCGGCAAGUGGGAGACCAUCCUCGGCGUCGAGGAGUGCGGACCCUCGCAGCGCUUCGGCUGGAAGCUCGACAGCCCCUCGGGCAAGCAGUACACCCACGUCCGCCUCAACAUGUACCCGGACGGCGGCAUCGCCCGCUUCCGCCUCUUCGGCCACGCCGUCCCCGUCUUCCCCGACGACAAGGACGCCGUCUUCGACCUCGCCGCCGCCCAGAACGGCGGCGUCGCCGUCUCCUGCAGCGACCAGCACUUCGGCACAAAGGACAACCUCCUGCUGCCCGGCCGCGGCAAGGACAUGGGCGACGGCUGGGAGACGAAGCGCACCCGCGGCAAGGACCACGUCGACUGGGCCAUCAUCAAGCUCGGUGCCCCCGGCUACGUCCACAAGUUUGUCGCUGACACGGCCCACUACAGGGGCAACUUUCCGCAAAAGGUGGCCAUCCAGGCCCUGUCAUGGAAGGGCCAGGGCGAGCCCGGCGACAAGGACGCCGCCUGGCAGGAGGUCGUCGCCCCGACUAAGAUGGGGCCCGACGCCGAGCACGAGCUGGCCUGCGCCUCCGACAAGACUGCCUUUACGCACGUCAAGCUCAUCAUGAUUCCCGACGGCGGCGUCAAGCGGCUGCGGGCCUUUGGGAGGCGGGCCGUUUAA